CUUAGCGCUGAGCAGCUUAGUGGAUCGUAUUCAUUAUAGAAGCAUACUUUUGUGUGCCACUUAGUUUUAUUGAAGAAAAAAAUAAUAAUAAUUGUAUUUUUUUUACAAAAGUUUUAUCAACGACUGUUUACUUUUAAUAAAAAGUUCAGUGUAUUCUGCCGUCUUUUUUAGUGCAAGUGUUUUUAAAAAGCGUACGCGAUGUGCAGCUAUUACAGCGCGCCUACAAGUGUGCUACAUUUGCUCAUCUUGCCGGUCAUCUUGCUGCUGCUGCAGUGCAUACCGAAUGUUGCGGCAAUUAAAUGUUUUGUCUGUGACUCCAGCGAUAAUCCAAGUUGUGAGAAUUUAAAAUCAAAUCAAAGCAUGGCGGCAGAGGAAUGUACUUUAGACAAAAUGCGAACAACCAAUACUUGGCUUUUCGACUUAAAUCGUUUUGCGUACUUCGAUACCGGCGCUAGCAAUGGACCGCUAAUGAACUGCCAAAAAGUGGUGGCUAGAGAUCCAAAUACCGGCAAAAUGGUGACAGCACGCUUCUGUCAGUUGGAUACUGCCGAUUCGGAUGCCUGUCAAAUAUUGGGUAACAAAUUGGGUUGGCCACCAGAGUUGGCGCGUAACGCUAACCUCGACGCGGAUGACAAGAAUAAAAAAAACAAGAAGCGUAAGGGCAAAGGCGGCAAUAAUAAUGGCGGUGUAGACAAUCUGGAAGAUUCGGAGCUGCACUGUUCCAUUUGCGGUACAGACGGCUGUAAUGGCAGUUCAAGCAUUUCGGCAUGGAGUUGGUGGUGUGCCGGUACUCUACCAAUGCUUAUAGCAAUCGUCAACAUAUUGCGUCAUAGUGUGUGGUGAAUGUGGAGCUUGAAAACUCUUGAAAACUCAAGUGGAGUGCGGCUGAGUUGGCAGAGUUUGAUCGAAUAAAAAUUGAAAUUAUUACAAAAAAAAAGGUGCAAUAUAAUUUUAAGGUUAAGUUCAAUGGUCAAUGUGUUGUUCACCGGCGUUUUGUCCUGUGCGUUCAAAUUGUUUGGCAAAGUAGU